GUGAAGUACGACGUCGAAUGUCGAAUGACGCGAAGUAGGCCGACAUACGCGGUCGUCUGGGGAGUGUCGUGUCGAGCGCUUGCGUGUUGCGCGCGUCUUCGCCCACGUUUCCCGCACGAAAAGUUCCUGGCCGAUCGUUUCCGGAACAAAUAUUCAAAGAUGGCCUCGCAUCGUAUACAUAACGUAAGAUUUUACAAUCUAGAAUCAAAGUCGGUGACCUGUUUGUCUUAUGAAUCAAAAACGAAGAAAUUAGCACUCGCAAGGAAUAACAACUCUAUAGAAGUUUGGAAUGUGGAGAACGCCCCAUUUGUUGAGUGCACCAUAGCUGGUCAUGCCGAAAACUCGGUGGAAAGUAUACUCUGGAUUGAUUCCAGACUGUUUUCGACAGGUCUUCAUGGUGCGGUAGUCGAAUACGACUUACAAACGCUGAGUAUCAAGCACGAAGUCAUGGUGAUAGGAGGAGCAGCUUGGUGCAUGGAUGUGAAUCAAACGAAAACUCGCCUGGCUGUUGGCACGGAGGAUGGAUAUAUCAAUACUUUUACCGUGCAUAAAGAUAAACUGAUUUUUGAGAGAAUAUUUGAUAAACAGAAAGGUAGAAUAAUGUGUAUUAAGUGGGAUAACACAGGUGAAAUGGUUUAUACAGGUUCCACAGACACCAUUAGGGUCUGGAGUGCCAUGUCUGGACAUGCGAUACAUAAAAUGACAACUUGUAGAAGUAAUAUUAAGAAAGACACGAUAGUUUGGUGCCUCGCAGUUACCGACGACAAUAUAAUAAUAUCUGGUGACUCUCAGGGUUUCUUGUGCUUCUGGGAUCCUCAAAUGGGAGUCCUAAUAGAGUCUCACGAAAGUCAUACGGCUGAUAUAUUAGCUGUUACUUUGUCGCAUGACAUGAACGUGGUAUAUUGCACGGGCGUAGACCCAGUUGUGAGAAGCUUCUGCAAAAUCACAUUAAAAUCAAGCGGAAGGCCUCAGUGGGUAAAAGGAAUCGAGAGGAGGUUACACGUUCACGAUGUCAGAGCGCUUGUAGAAGCUAAUGGGAAACUCUAUUCAGCCGGGGUAGAUGGAUACCUCGCUGUGUCGAGUUACCCACCAAAAAAUCUCGUAAAGUAUCCUCCGCUACUCCAACCACCCUGUGCCACAAUUUGUCGAAAAUCUCGAUGUAUCUUGUUACGAUAUACAAACUAUCUGGAGCUGUGGAGGCUUGGUUCAGCCACUAAGGAACCUCCGGAAUUAGUACGCUCCUCCAUGCUGCAUCAAUUAGAUGAAGAACCUAUGAAACUGCUGCAGUUACAAACAAAGGGUGAUGAGAGCAUCAUCUCUUACGCCGUUAACAAGGACUCCAAAACAAUCGUGUACUCAACGGACACUCACGUUAGAGUUUUCAACUUUGACGUGAUGGAAGGAGAUGCUCAGCUAUCUAGAAACGAUACCGAUCUAUCAAUGAAGCGAAUACAGAAGAUGCUAUUCAGUCCAAAUGGCAAGUUAUUCAUCGCCAUUAACAACGACGGCAGCGAGAGUACCAUAACAGUGUUCAAAGUAGACAAGAAGAGCUUAAGUCUGAUCGGAUCGUUUCAGACGACGAAGGAGUCUAUUAAAAAUGUCAGUCUUGUGUGCUUCUCUCCGGAUAGCAAGUAUCUCGUAUGCACGGACCGGCAACGUGGAGUCGCCGUGUACUUUAUCGGCGACGGCAUAACGGCGGAAUCGCUUAAAGCAUGGCAAUUGCCUAAGUACAGUUGCCCAGCGACGGCGAUAGCCGUGCAGAAAAGUACGCUCAAUUUGGUCAUAGCAUAUUCCGAUCAUAAGAUCGUUGAAUACAAUAUUCCUACGAACAACUACACCGAGUUUUCUAAUAAUCUACAAAGUCGGUUGUCAAAGCAAUGGUUAGCACGUCCAUUCCCGAUAACAAACAUCAUGUUCGAUUCGCACAACAAGGAUAUCAUAAUCAUGCAGGACGAUUCGAGCGUGUAUAUCAUCAAUAAAAGUAGCGAAUUAUCAGAAAAAGAAAUAAAGAUUCCUAAGCGAGAGAAUGGAGAAAGUGCAGAAGAUAGCAAUUCAAUUUCCAGCUCACAGUCUCAACAUAUGUUUCAAGUUGUCAAAAAAUACAAGCAUCUCGUUUACUUAAAUUGGUUGAACGACGAAGAGUUGGUUGCGAUUGAAGUGAAUCCUACUUCACUGUUGGAGAAAUUACCUCCCACACUAAAACAAAAAUUCUUUGGCAUGUAAAUAUUGUAUAUAUGAAAUAAUAACAAUAAUAACAAUAAUAAAUUUAUAUCCUAUUUCUACAUUAAAAUUUGUGACUUAUG